UCUCUCCCUCACACAUUUGCAGAGCUGGAGCUGCCGCAAAGCCCCGUCCUCCAGGGCUUUUUAAACACCGUGUUUGCUUCACGCUCCAACAAUAUCAUCCAAUUGAAGAGCCGCAGCGCUAAGUGCACUGAACCAACGGUCAUCGUGGGAACAGCGUCGACGAGCACUAACCAUCAUGGUUUAGGAGAAAGAAAUCGUCGGUAUCGUUAAAUGUAAAAAAAAAAAAAAAAUUGAGAGAUACUGGGUUGCGGGUCAACGAGUUUAACCCUUAAUUUUCCGUAGCAUUGUCUCUGGUAAAGCAGUCUAAACGGGAAGGCGUCUCGGUGAAAUGUGAGCGGACCGGGUCCGUGACCGUUAUUCCGUUGUUUUCAAUGUGGUUGGGACCGCAGCCGACUCGCUCGUUGCAGCUAGCUCGGUACGGCCGCGUUGAUGCAGCAGCGCACGGCUGUGGUGUUCAAAUCCACCACCGGAUCUGGGAAGACAAUAGGUGAAAUAAACGCCGGCCUGGACUCCCAAGUCUGCACUAAACGAGAGUCUGCAUCCGCUUGGGCUUCACUAGUGUCUGUGUGAGGAAUCGGGUUAUAGAGUGAAGUGAUAGCCAGCAGGUAGCUGCAUCACGAUGGCGGCUGUGGUGAACUACUCUCCACCUUGGUGGGUGAAUCUACUUCACCGGUUGCCUCAUUUCAACAUUGAAUUCCAGCUGGUGAGCAGUGACUUCAGACCAGAGGACUCUGAGUACCAGAAGUCCGUGUUGCUGCUCGGUGCUGUGGCAUUGGUAUGUUUGGGCCUGGACCUCCUCUUUCUCCUCUUCUACUCCUUCUGGCUUUGCUGCCGGCGACGCAAGAGUGAUGAUUCCUCACACUCCCAUACACACUCUCAGCAGCCCAGUGCUGACUGCUGCUGCACGGCCUGGUGUGUCAUCAUUGCCACGCUUGUCUGCAGUGCUGGCAUCGCUGUAGGAUUCUACGGAAAUGGAGAGUCGAGCGAUGGAGCCAAUCGUUUGGCAUACUCACUCCGUCAUGCUAACCGCACCAUAUCUGGGGUGGAGAAACUGGUGUCUGACAGCGCCCUGGCCUUAAACCAGACAGUGGAGGAGAGCCUGGUCCAGCUGGAGACAGCCUUUCAGGAGCAGACAGACUACGUGUCCAUUGUUCAAAAGCUGCAGGGCCAGCUGGACGAGCUGGUGAGGCUGAUGGUGGAUGUUCCCUUCUGGUCCAAUACUGACAUUUCACUGGAAGAUUUGGCCCGCAAAACGGAGGCCUUUGACUUUUACAGGUGGUUGGGGUACCUGGGCCUGCUGCUGUUUGACGUUCUUAUUUGUCUUCUGGUGCUCUUCGGCCUAAUCCGCAACUCUAGAGGCACUCUGAUUGGAGUGUGUCUGCUGGGGGUUCUGACUCUGAUAAUCAGCUGGGGGUCUCUUGGCCUGGAACUGGCUGUCGCUGCUUCAGCCAGUGACUUCUGUGUUUCCCCGGAUACCUACAUCACCAGGGUAACCAAGGAAAACGCUGUCAUCAACCAAGAUAUCCUGCAGUAUUACCUGAGGUGCAGCUCUGGCCAAAUUAACCCCUUCCAGCAGAGGCUGUCAGGGAGUCACAAAGCAUUGGUGGAGAUGCAGGAUGAUGUGGCAGAGCUACUGAGAUCAGCAACACGUGAUUAUGCCAACACCAAGGGGAGCCUCGAGCAAAUCCAGUCUGUGCUGAAUUCCACGGAGGUUGGUCUUCACCAGCUGACUGCUCUGGUCGACUGUCGCAGCCUACACAUGGAUUAUGUUCAGGCAUUAACAGGCCUGUGUUAUGAUGGAGUUGAGGGUCUCAUCUACCUGGUUCUCUUCUCCUUUGUCACUGCUCUGAUGUUCUCUUCCAUUGUGUGCAGUGUGCCACACACCUGGCCUGGCAAGAGGACGGAUGAGGAAGACGGAGAGGACGAGUCGGGCGCCUCACGGGGCGGUGUGCACGAUAACCUGUACCGCGUUCACAUGCCCAGUCUCUACAGUUGUGGCUCCAGCUACGGUAGCGAAGCUAGCCUGCCCGCUACAGCCCACACUGUCAGCAAUGCCCCCGUCACUGAAUACAUGAGCCAGAACGCAAACUUUCAGAACCCUCGGUGUGAGAACACCCCCCUGAUUGGCAGGGAGUCCCCUCCACCCUCUUACACCUCCAGUAUGAGAGCGAAGUACCUGGCCACCAACCGACCAGACCAGAAUCGACGCUCUGUUCCCAACGACCAACUGGACCCGGCUAGCCGGCCUCACCCUGCUGCCCGACCACAGUCUUCAGUCCACUAGAUUCCAGAGACCGCACCAGUCCACCCCAGUACUGCCUGAAUCCAGUUUGCACAGCCAACAACACCACCCAACACAGUGCUCAACCAAAGCUCAACCAGAGCUGAGCGCUUUAAAGCACCAACUGGACCCCAGUCUGUCCAGGUCCACUGAAUUUCACUAACACCGGUUCACCAGAAACAACACAGCAAGCCAGAACUCAUCAACCAAGCACCUCAGUAAAGGACUGCACUUUGAAGGUCAACUUCUACUCCUCCCACAAUUAUCCCAAAAAAGUUAAAACCCAUGCAAGAAGAUCACUAUUUCUACUUUUCUUCUUCUUCCUGAGCUGAUCAUUCCACCACUGGUGUGAAGGAUCAGCCCACAUGCCCACAAGGCACAGCCACUAAAGCCUUGGCUCCGUCUGCACAGUUUCUUCUUCCUCUACUCUCCGAAUAUCUCCACCUCCAACGGGACCUGUAAACUGCCCUCCAGUGGAGACAGCUACGCCACUCUCACCACAACCACUCACACACCGUCGAGCACAGACAUGCGCACACACACAUCCAAAUACACACACACACACACUGUACAGAGCUGUAAAUAGGAAACAUUUGCUUUAUUCUGAUUUCAUGAAAAGUUGACUGUUGAAUCAUUACUGGUAAUGUGGUGUACUGCGUGUUAUCAUGGAAAUUUUUGCUGUAUCUCUCACACAAACACACAUGCGCGCACACACACACACACACACACACAAAUAGGCGGAUAGUCUAACUAGACACUCAUCUGUAUAAAUAAUAAGCCAGUGAAUCAGAAAGCCAUGUUUAGACUCUAGCACCACAUCCACGUUCUGUCUUUAGCUUAACAUUGUCGUCUAACUAAGACUUGAAUCGUGAGCUCGAAAAGUGUGUACAUGUCUCUCUCCGUACGUGUUUACGUGCACAUAUAGUAUGCGCGUCAGUAAAUGCAUUUUUUAAUAUGAGCCAGGAAUCUGGUUGUGGAAGAACUGCUUUGAAGCUUUUGGGACAUGGAGCAAAAGACCAGGGACAUUAAGAAGGCUCAACCUGUGCCAAAAAACAAUAUUAUGAAAUGAGGGAUGCCUGAUUCUGUCCUCUUCUCCUACUGCCUCCAGAUGUCUCAAAAAAGGGAUAAAACCUUAUCUGGAAUGUUUUCCCUGCGACUGUAAAUAAAAAAAAAAAGGAACAGGAAAGACACUUGAAAAGGGAAGCAAUGGACAGACAAUUGCGACUACACAUUUGCCAGGUGCUAUGUACGCCAGUCAAGGUCCCAGAAGACGAUCAGCACUGAGAGGGGACGGAUAAGUUUUUGUUACUAUAAUGUUUUGUUUUUAUUCAGGGAUGUGAUCAUAAAAAGCAGUGAAAAAGAACAGUUCUCCAUCACUGCUGAAUGGAAGUUGUGUCCGAAAACCUGAAGAAAAAAACAUGUCCCUGAUAAAUAUUGUUACAUAAGUGUUUCAGAGUAAAGGACAGUGGGUGUUUUUUAUGUUUUAUCAUAAGCUGACAUUCGGGAUGUAAUACUGUGACCAACUGUAGUAUUCUGUUUCUUCUAUACUGUUGUUACUUUUUUCCCUUGUGCUUUUAUUUUGUUAACUGGUGACCUUGGGUCCACCUUCAGCCACCAGUACUGAGUCUUUUUCUUUCUUUCUUUCUUUCUUUCUCUCUCUCUCUCUCUCUCUCUCUCUCUCUUUUUUUUACCCACAAGCACAAAUUCUCUUCAAGGUGACUUUGUGAGAUGGAGAAGUAAAAACACACUGCCUGGAACACUGACAGUGGUUUUUCCUCCUGCUCUAAAACUCUGUGUACAGUGUAUAAAGACUGUAGUCGUGAACCUGUGUGUGUGACAUCACUGCAGUGUGAUUGGCUAUUGCUCUAUCUCAGUGUUUCUGUGUGUAAGUACAGUGAUCAGUGUGUCUGACUGGCUGCAAGCAAGGGCCAGCCUAUCUAGCCUGAGGUCAUUUCUACACCGACGCUGCCCUCAUGCCCUCAUACACACGCACAUACAUUAACACACACACAUACAUGCUGUACAGAAACAAACAUUCAGUACACACUACAGUAUCAUAUAAAUCCCAUCUAUCCCCACUCUUGUCCUGUUUAUAUCCACAUCUAGAGCUGUAGUAACUGCACGCCCUCCCACAGCUGUGACAUCACACUGAUAACCAUUUGCAUUAUGGGUGAUGUAGUAGGUAGGUAGCUGCAUUUCAGAGAAACCUGGAAUCUCGUAGUUAGCUGAGUGAGCAGAGCCCUAACAUUCAAACACCUUUCAGCCACCAUUCCUGUACAGCAUUUUAAUAUUUUAUUAUUAAUCAAUGACCACUUCUCGUAUUAGCGAGACAAUCUUACAUGUGUGAUUUUACUAGAAAGAAAAUGUCCAUGUUAUGGUAACAAUGCUACCUAUGGUCUAGUACUUUACAGUGGUUUUUUUUUUUCUUUUUUUUUGCACCAUUGAUGCAAACGAUGUUAAGAUCUGUGGGACUAGUCACUGAUUAAUGGCCUUUCAUAAUGUUUUUAAACUCUUACAACACUCUUCAUAUCACAACAUGUUUUUUUUAUUUUUUCUCUGUCUUGUAAAAAAAAUCAAAGUUUAAAGAUAAAAUAAUAGCUAGCUGUUUUGUAGGAGAAUAAAGGCAAGAGCAGCGUUUUUCCUCUCUUAUUAAUGGUGAAUGACUCUCUGUCUUGCAAUGUUUUAAUAAAACUAUUCCAGUGUAGUCUGCAUACCUGACUUUAAAGUUGUAUUUGAACUCCUGUGCAAUGCUUUCUGGGAUUUACCCAACCUGGUACGGUGUGACUGGAUGGAAAAGAAAGGAGGCCUGCUCAGCAGUCAGUAAUGUGUGUGUGUGUGUGUGGUAUUUACAGGACUUCAAAUGCACCUCUGUCCAGAUGUGACAGACAAACAAUGUUUUCUAUGGCUGUUUUUAUUUUCUGAUGGUUUAACUAAGAUAUUAAUGAUGUACAUGUCAAAACUGUGGUAAUGAUAUCAUUCAGCCUGGAAUAAAUGUUUUAAAAAAGAAAUUAAAGCAACUUUAACGUA